GGCGGAACAAAACAGCGAGGCCACGGAACAAAUUUAACGCUUACGGUUGCGUCGACCGCUGAACAGUUCGGUUCGCGCAGCUCGCUCAGAAGUUCAGUCAGUGCUAGCGAGAAUAACAUGACGAACCAGACCAGAUCAGGAACACUUGCCAGAAUUUUUUUUGGGUCUAUUUUGGAGAAGCUGGAAUAGGCACCACAACCCUGGCUGUCCUCGCUGAACUCAUUCACGGAGGAAAACCUGCGGCUGCACGCAGAUUGCGCGUCGCCAACGGGCAUCUCCCACCUUCGGCUUCGGCAGCAACGACGUGUAACCGGAGAACAUACCCCUCAAUUACUACGCCGGAGAUCAGCCCAACCGACGAUGUUCAGAACAACCCGGCAAUUGUGUCAAGCGCUGAUGACCAUCUGAAUCUGUUUUUGUAGGAUGGAACGGUGGGAGGUACAAGUCAGCGCUGUUCCGGAAUCAGAAAACUUUGUUGGUUGAGUUGCCAACGGAGUCUAUCUGUAACUGUAAUUCGUCAUGUGAUGAGAUCAAGGAUAGCUAUCUGCAGAAUUGCCUUGCUGCGUGCGGUGAAGAUCGUGGCCGAGGCAGUGGCCAAAACUCAGGGCGACCAUGCCCGGCAUCUGCUGGCCAACUCGAGCAUCCGUGAACUGCUCGAAAAACAGCUGCGCCAGGGCGAGGACACGGUCAAGGCACUGCUGGCGAACACAACAAGGAGCUGGAGAGGGCCGGUGGGCUGUUGAAGGAAACGCUGGAGCGGACGGCCGUGGUGGCUGAGGGGUUGAAACAGCUGUCGGCGAUAUAACUGCCCAAGGUUGGGUCACCGGGGCCGGCGUUCCACCACUGACAACGAAGGAUGAAAAAGUAAUAGCCGACAUGAUGAAGGUAGUCUCCUCGUACGGACCUUCAAGCACACCAGAACCAACAGCCACUUACACACCAAUCGAUCUACCUCAGCUAAGUUCGGUGGCCAAAAAGCGCAAGGUACCGUCUUCCAGAGUCGCCCGUCUGGCCUCGUUUGGUAAUCUGUUUGCCGGCCUGGGUCUCGGCACAAUCAACGAACUCGCCAAAGGUGCCCUCGGCCUCGUUCCACCAAGGCAGGCCCUCUUCAGCCCUGCCAACGCUGAACAAAUCGUGGACACUCUGUGCAAAGUUCGCGGAGCGACCCUCAAGCUCGGCCAGAUCCUCAGCAUUCAAGACUCGAACGUCGUCUCACCCCAGCUGAUAAAAGCGUUCUGUACGACGCCAGCACGCGGCAGAUCAUGCUGAUCGAUUUUGGCGCGACGCGCUUCUACCAAAAGCCGUUCAUGGACGACUACGACUACAUGAGGGUACGACCUCGGGUCAUUAAAGCCGCCACCCGAAACGACGCCAGCGCAUUUUGGAGCUGUCGCGCAAGAUGGGCUUCCUGACCGGGUACGAAACCAAGGCCAUGGAGAAUGCCCACGUGGACGCGGUGCUAAUUCUGGGCGAAGUAUUUAGCAUUAUUUAUUUAUUUAUUACGCCAAAAUUGACUUUCCAAGAGGGUUGCGAGCAACUACAAAUUCGACUAAAUAGUAUUUAUUAGAGAGAAAUAAAAGUAUUGCAGUUUUGCAAGGUCAGCUUAAGAUUUAUUUCGCGCUUAUUCCUUCGACCGUAACCCUCUCUUCUGCAGUGCCUGUUUCACGCAGGUCAUGAUAUCGAUCGCCAACUGGCAGCGAUUCUCGUUCUCAACCCCGA